AUGGAGGUCCAAAUCCUAUCCAGGAAGUUAAUAAAACCAUCGUCUCCAACGCCAUCCCAUCUCCGCACUUGGAAGCUAUCCCCAAUUGAUCAACUCGUACCUCAAGUCAAAGUAGCUUUUGUAUUCUACUAUCCCACUCAUGGCACCAGCAGCAAAGUUGAAAAUGUUGAAAGAUGCCAACGUUUGGAGAAAUCGUUGUCUGAGACCUUGACUCGAUUCUACCCACUAGCGGGAACAUAUAUCAAAGAUAGUCAUUCGGUUGAGUGUAACGACCAAGGAGCCGAAUAUUUGGAGGCCAAAGUGGAUGCCCAACUCACUCAACUUCUAAGCAAGAGAGAUGAGAUUAUAGAGGAGGUGAUUCAUUUCGUAGGUGGAAAAUUCACAAGUCCGCUAAUAACAAUUCAAACCACCAUGCUUGAAUGCGGAGGGCUAGUGAUUGGAGUACGCAUUUCCCACACCCUUGUUGAUGGAUUCACGACAUCUAAAUUCAUUAGUACAUGGGCAACUGCAAGCAGCGAAGGGAUAAAUGAAGCAAUUUUGCCAUGUUUCAGUUUGGCUUCUCUCUUGCCUGCAAAAGACUUACCAACACUCAAGUCCCCGCCUCCCCCAAAGAUCCAUGGAGCAGAAAAGUUUGUGACCAUGAGGUUCAUGUUUGAUGGGGCCAACAUAUCGUCGCUCAAAGCCAAAGCCAAAGCCAAUUCUGAGACUAGUACUCCUGGUCCCGGCUUGAAGCAUCAAGUUUCACGAGUUAAUGUGGUGACAUCACUCAUGUGGAGAGCUCUCAUGGGGUAA